UAAGUGGCUGACCAGUAGGAUUCUUCCUUGGCUCUUGUGUUGCUUUCAGCUUCCGACUUUCGUCAUCAGUCUAGGUUCCUUUUGUUUCUGGACGAUUUAGGACGCUUGCAGGCGAUAUGCAGCUGGAAUAUGGUCACUAUAGCUGCGGUAAGAGGCGGCUCUCACUCAUCCAGCAUACACCACUGCUUGUGUAUAAAUCUCAUCAUGUCCCCUUUGUGGGUUUUCCAUGAACAUUCUCCAUACCAGUCCUCCAUCGUUCGUUGAAGGAGACUUGGCAGGCCAACAGUCGCUUGGAACAUUUGUUGUUCUACACUUUCGCUAUCCACUUUCGUUGUAAGACAAACACUUUCAGGAGAAACACAGCGAUGAGAUAUUCGACUGUGUACUCGCUUGCCGGGCUUUUAGCUCUGGUGUGGGCCGAGGAAGAAUUCGAGCUCGACACUGCUGUGACUGUCUUUGAGACUUAUAUCCCGGAGCCAACCCUGUACAUCAAUGGCGGCCACACCUACACUGUGACUGAGCCCUGCACAGUCACCAUCACCAAGACGGUGACCGUCACCAAGAAGAAGCCCACCAAGACCAAGACCCCUCCUCCUCCAUCGAGCACGGUCAAGACCUACCCUCCUACAACCUUGACGUCCGUGACAAAGCCUCCCAAGCCCACCAAGUCUCACUCAUCUCCUCCGCCUGAGACUACUCCUUGUGAGACCGAGUCGUCGACCACGCCGCCCACUCACAAGCCGACCAAGACCAAGCCUCCGCACACCUCGAAGCCUCCGCCACCGGAGACCACUCCAUGCACUACGUCUAGCAGCCACACCCCGAAGCCUCCACCGCCGCAGACCACCCCGUGCACCACGUCUAGUAGCCACCCGCCGCCUCCACCACCACCGGAGACGACGCCUUGCACUACGGAGACUCCUCCCCCGCCUCCUCCACCGCAGACUACCCCGUGCACGACGGAGUCGAGCCACCCACCGCCGCCUCCUCCGUCGCACUCGCCAAAGCCUCCACCAUCUCACACUCUGCCGCCGCCACCUCCGCAAAAUAGCACUCUACCGCCGCAUCCUCCUCCAUCGCACACUCCCAAGCCGCCUCCACCGUCGCACACUCCUCCACCAUCUCACACUCCUCCUCCUCCUCCAUCUCACACUCCGCAGCCACCUCCGCCGUCUUACACGCCCAAGCCUCCUUCACCUUCAAGCAGCACGCUGCCUCCUUCACCUUCAAGCAGCACGCUGCCUCCUUCACCUUCAAGCAGCACGCUGCCUCCUCCGCCAAGCAGCACUCGGUCGCCGCCUCCACCCGCGCAGACCACCCCACCUCCGAUCCAGACCGCAGCUGCUGCACACUUUGGCGCCGGUCUCGGUGGAGUGUUGGCCAUCGCCGCCUUGGUCAUGUAA